UACUGAUGUUAUGCUGUUUAAUGCAAUUUGGAGCCCACGAUCGGCCACGUAAACGACACCAACAACAAAAGUAGACUAGUAAAAGUGCGUCUUAGUGACAGUUUAGUGUAAAUGGGCGUGAUUCUGUUGGCCAGCCAGCACUUGUGUAUAAGCGACCGCUUGAGUUAAGCGCGCACCACUGACAGUCAGCGAAGAAAGUUAGCUUUUUGCUAGCGUCUUUGCGCUUGAAGAUGAGCGUCUCACGGGAAAUAAAACUGCUUCAGAAAGCCAAAAGCAAAGCCCAGAACAGCAGCAACAUAAGAGAGGAGGCUAACAUCUGCAAUCAGCUUGGAGAGCUGCUAUCAAGAAAUGGUAACUAUGAGGCUGCCAUUGAGGAGCACGGGCAAGAGUUGGCGCUUUCUGAGGUUUUAAAUGACGUGAUUGGACGAGCUGUGGCCAAUCGUAAGAUAGGAGAGUGCUACGCAGAGAUGGGGAACAUUGAGGCAGCCUUGAAACAUCAGCGCUGUCACCUGGACCUGGCCUGCUCUGUCAGAGAUCUCGCUGAGGAGCAGAGAGCGCUGGCCACUAUCGGCCGAACCUACCUCUUCCGCUACGAAUCGGACCACUCGAGGGAUAGUCUACAACAAGCAGAAGAUUCCUUCAGGAAGAGCUUGGCCAUUGUAGAUGACCUGAUAGGCUCCGUGCCAGACAGAGAGAUUAAUGAGAUGAAGGCUCGACUCUUCCUCAACCUUGGUUUGGUUUGCGACCACCUGGGGGAGCCCAAGUGCUGCAGCGAGUUCAUUCGACGCAGCGUCUUCAUCGCAGAGAAGAGCAUGCUUCUGGAAGAUCUCUACCGUGCCAACUUCAACCUUGGCAACAUCUUCUUCCGCAACGGCCAACACUCCAACGCGGUGCGUUGCCUGGAGCAGGCCAAAGAGUGUGCUCGCAAAAUGAAGGACAAGUUCAGCGAGAGCGAGUGCUUCCAUUGCAUUGGCAAGGUCCAGCUUUCUUUGGGUGAUUUUGUGGCUGCGAGACGCUCUCUUAAAAAGGCUCUGGUGUUGGGUUCCCAGCAGCUUGUGGACAGACAGGCAGUGAAGAAAGCGUUUAAAUACGCCGACCAGGGUUUUAAGUUAGAAGAGGAGCUGGGGGAGGAUCAGGGCAGGCGCUCCCAUGAGGCCGUGGGUCUGUCUGAACAACUUGGAGAUCUCUACUGUAAGGUUGGCUGCUUCCACAAAGCCGUGGAUGCAUAUCAAGCUCAGCUCGCAGGCGCUGAGGCGUUGGGGAAGCCCGCACGCGAGCUGGCGGUCAUCCACGUGUCUCUGGCCGCGACCUUCACUGACCUGCGGCGGCACAGUGAAGCGGUGCAGCACUACAAGCAGGAGCUGGUGUUACGGCAGGGCUGCCCGGCCGAGGAAUGUAACACCUGGCUAAACAUUGCAGCAGCCCAGGAGGAGAGUGGUGCUGCCUUUGAGGAUCAGGACAGCAGCUUCUGUGCGGCCCUACGUUGCGCUCAAACAUGUGGGCGGCCCAGACUGCAAAAACGUGUAUUGAGGCUAUGGCUGGCGGCCCAGAGGAGAAGUGGCUCCGCAAACGUCAAUGACACUGAGGCCAAACUGCUGGAGCUAUGUGCAUCAGAGAGCUUGAAUUCACAUGACAGUGAUGGGGAGGAGGAGGAAGAGCAAGAGGAGGGGAUGGACAACAGUGAACCUCUGGAUGAUAGUGAUGUUGUUCUCUCUGACUCAGAUGACGACCUAGAGGAAUAUGACAAGAUGGUGUCAGGAAGGAGGAAGUUGGGGCGGUGGAACAAGAGGAAUGAGAAGGGUGAGACGUCCCUCCACAGGGCGUGCAUAGACGGGAACUUGAGGCAGGUCCAGUAUCUGGUGGAGCAGGGCCACCCAAUAAACCCCAGAGACUACUGUGGCUGGACUCCCCUGCAUGAGGCCUGCAACCACGGUCACCAUGACAUUGUGGCCGUGCUGCUGGAGCGAGGUGCGAACAUCAACGACCCGGGCGGCCCCUUGUGUGAGGGGGUAACUCCUCUGCACGAUGCCCUGGCGUGCGGCAAUUUUACAGUAGCCAGGCUCCUGGUUGAACGAGGGGCUUCAGUUAACCUCCGAAACGCAAAGGGUGAGACUGCACUGGACACACUCCGUCAGUGGCAGAGGAUGUACAGCAAGGAACUAGACCAUGAAGCCAAGCAGGAGUGUGCUGCUACGGCGCGACUGCUGAAGAAGGCAUUUGCAGGGGGGGUCCACGUUGCUGCCGCCCCUCCCAAACCUUUUGACGCACUUCAGGACAGCCAGCUAUUUGACGCAGAGAACUCUGAGCCCCUUACAUCUUCAGACGGGGGGUGUGCCUCCAGCCAAGACUGGCCUGGGAGCACCGAGAGGUCCGGGGUGAACACGGCAACGUCCACAAGCCUCAAGCGGCAGCAGCUCAGUGUCUCGUCUCAGCGUCCCCGAACCAGAGGCACAGAGGCUUCUCUUGUCUAUGGGAAUAAGAGGAGCUCUUCAGAAGACAGCGACUCCGACAGCCCUGUUAGUCCCCUCCGUCCAGUCCGCCUGAGACGCUCCAUACCAGCAGCUCCAAGUCAAAAUAAUACAACCCCAAACAAAGAGGUCAGCUCAGUUUGGGAAAUUGACAGAGAUCUCUCCACAGCGUCCGUCUUUGCCCAAGCGGAGUACCACAGCGCCAUCCGAGGGUUGGGCAGUGCUAAAACUCUCCUGCAGGGCCACUCACAGCCGCACUUCUCCAGUACGCCGGGCCUUUCAUCCAGCAGCAAAUCAGCUCUGGUUCCCGAGGAGGAGUAUCUGAUGGACGACUGGCUGGAGGACGAUUUGCGGGAGGGUCAGCCCAAGAAGAAGAGGAGGCUUCAAGUUCAACAGAAUGGUGCACGAGGAGAUGAUGUUGUGCCUUUAACUGCCAGGGGGCCGAACUCUCAGACGUCCUGCAGGAGUCUUGCAGUUCUGCCAUCCACCAGCAGAGGUCUCUCAAUGAGAAAGAAUAGCUCAGUGAAGCCUCAGCAGGUCAAAAUGACACAAAUGCCCGGGAUGGUGCGAUUGGGAAGACGAGAGAUCAACAGGUCACACAGCCCCACCCUGACAGAUGAUGAAAUGAGACCAGAGACGCCUCCACCACAUCAACAAAUACACAUGCAGCCUCUGACACAGACGCCAGCUGCCUCCAUUCCCGCAUCACUGCCUCCACCGAUAAGGAUGAGGGUCAGAGUUCAGGAUGAUGUCUUUCUCAUCCCAGUUCCACAAAGCGAGGCAGACUCGUGCACCGUGUCAUGGCUCUGCGAUCAGGCAGCCCAGCGUUACUACCACAAGUGUGGCCUCCUGCCUCGCCUCUCUCUGCAGAAAGAGGGCGCGCUUCUGUCCCCGCAUGACUUGCUGCUGGCUGUUCUGCAUACCAACGAGGAGGUGUUGGCGGAGGUGUCUUCCUGGGACCUCCCCCCUCUUCCGGAGCGCUACAAGAAGGCAUGCCUCAGCCUGGCAGUAGAGGAGAACAAGCACGUCACCCACCUGUGCGAGGUGCAGGACGGCAGCUCCUUCGUGUUGGUGUGUGGCCUCGGCUUGGCACCGCCUUCCCUCGCCGCCCUCCUUCGUGCCCUCAAACUGCAGGCCAGCCUCACCGAACUGCGCCUUUCGGGCAACCGCCUUCAUGAUAACCUCCUCGCCGAGCUGAUCACUACCGUGGCCACCAUGCCUCGGCUCUGUCUGCUGGACAUUUCGGCCAAUCGGGUCACAGGGGAGGGGCUCGAGAAGGCAGCCAACGCAUUAAAGGGACUCAGCCAACCUGCAUUUCCGUGUCUGAAGGAGUUGGACCUCAGCCUCAACCCACUCGGUGACAAUAUAUCAGAAUCUCUAUCCUGCCUGCUGUCCUCCUGCCCGCUGCUGGCCAAGCUGUCCCUGCGCGCCUGUGACCUCACUUCUCGCUUCCUGCAGCAACAUCGCAUGCUCCUCGCCAGCGCCCUCACAGGUACAGGCCACCUGAAGUCAAUAUGUCUAUCCCACAACGCACUGGGCUCCACUGGCUUUGAGCUGGUGUUGAAAACUCUCCCCCUACACUCUCUCACGCACUUGGACCUGUCUGCAGUACGCAAGGGGCCUGCUGAUUACCCAGCAUUGGAACACCUCGCCAGCCUUCUGUCGCAGGAGGACUGCUCAUUAAGCCACCUCAGUUUGGCAGCUAAUGGGUUAACAGACAGCAGCGCAGCCACUUUGGCCAGGUGCCUGCCAACAUGUCCCACUCUGGUGAAUUUGAACCUGUCAGGAAACCCCUCCAUCACCUUGGCUGGAUUUCAGAGCAUCCUGAACGCCCUCCGAGAGGCUCGUCGACCUCUAGCCCUUCUGAACCUUCAAGGUUGCCAGGUGUCAGGGCCUUUAGGAAUGGAAGACUUGGACGGCUUGUCAGAACUCGUCCGAGAUCUCCGUCUUUGCUCUCAGGGUCUCAAUAAGCUGGACCGGCAAGCUCUAAAGCAGACUUGGACCAACAGUCAGCCUAAUGGGUAUUUUGUAGACAGAAAAGCAGCAUGCCUGCUGUCCACAGUGAUGCUUUAGAGACAGUGGCAGAUCUCUAUUUUGGAAUCAUGUAAUAUCUGCAGUUACAUUUUAUUUCAAACAGAAAAAAAAUAUUGAAUCAAAACUUUUAAGUCUCCCAUUUAAGACAGAAUCUGCGCAUUAUUAACGCCAUCGUCUAGCAAGGAAAAGUAUUCAUUGAGACACUUUUGUGUAAAUAGUUUGUAUGCCAUGUUCAACUUAUUUAUGUGCUUAUGUAAAGGUCUUGGAAGCAUUAUAAAGGCAUUUUGCCAGCUUUGUAUUUGUCCUUAAAGAAAAAAAAUAAAGUAGUCCAAGUUUGUCAUUAUAAGGAGCUAACCUGUUUGAGUGCCUAUUUGUAUACAAAUGUUACAUAAAUAUUUAUAGUAUUUCCCCAAAUAGCGGCCUCUGUUUUAAUAGACGCAGUGCCUCACUUAAUUGCUUGGUGUGUCGUGACCGUAGAAAAAACACCUUACCUCAAAUAAAUGCCGCAGUAAAAAAAUAGAUGUUUCUUUUAGGUUGUUAUUUCUGUAGUUACUGUACUGAAUAUUUGCUGUAGCAUAUUAUUCAAAGAAAUACGUCAUAAUGACAACUAUUACACAAUGUAUUUUUCGCAAAUAAGAAAAAAUAAGGCCUCUAAUAAAUGCAAAUGCACAUAAAAUUGCUUCCCACUCCUGAGGUGAAGUGAUUUGCACACAAAAAAUACACUAUUCAUCGUCAAAUGUUAUGAAAUACAUUUUGUUCAAGUACAAAAAUAAAGGCCUCCUCUCCAAUAAAUACCUCACCUCUAAUAAAUGCAAAUGUGCUUAAAAUGACUUCACCCUCCUGAAGUGAAGUGAUUUGCAUACAACUACACAUUAUUAGUGGUUAAAUAUUGAAACAUAACUUUUUUCAAGUUAGAAAAUAUUCAUUCUGUAAUGAACACCAUACCUCUAAUAAAUGCAAAUGUGCUUACCCCUCCUGAGGUGGUGAUUAUAUGCAUACAUAAUACAUAAUGGUUAAAUAUUAUGAAAUGCAUUCUUGCAAGUAAAAAAAAAAAAAAAAAGGCUUUGUCUCUAAUAAAACACCCUACAUUUAUUAAAUUCCCAUUUGGCUAUAUCUAAAACUUGAUAGUAGUGCAAACAGUGACACCUCUCCCCCGUCCCCCCCACCACACACACACACACACACACACACACACACACUACGGCUCUAUCUGACUUUUUACCAAAAACCCACAGUGUGCAGAAUGUGAAAUAUUAUAAAAUCCUUUUUUGCAAAUGACAAAAGAUGACCUUACCUCUAAUAAACAUGCUAUUAUUCUCAGUUGAGUGCAAGUGUACCUAAAGUUGUCACGAGUGGAAGUAUCAUUUUAAUCUGUGAUAAAGGAGGCAAAUAUGGCAGAAUAUUUGGGGAAUAUCUCGGACCGCACAAAAUGCAGCACUGACAUUCAUGCACGUUCAGAACACAAAAAACAAGUGCGAUAAAGAAUUUUAAUCUUUUACAUACACUAUGUACAAUAUAUUCUACAUUCUGCAGAGCUUCUCAUGACUUCUUAUACACAAUCUUCAUUCGGAGGGAAUCCAAACGUUUCCGCACGCAAGACGACUGCACUCACUUCCACUGAUGGUCAAUCAUUACAACCAAAAUAAACAUCCCCUUUGUAGUUUAUGUCUAUGAUACCAUAGCAAUAAACUGAAGUCUAAUGUCAACCUAUGCCAAUGGACAUCGAGUCCUCAAUGUGGGCACGUCCUUUAGCGCUUCUCCAUUACAGACUUAUAGUUUCUUGCAUUAUCGUAGGCUAGACUUGAACCGUGGACCUUGUGUGUGUAACAUACUGAAACCUUGUAAUAGGAUGUAAGAAACGAGUCCAGCUAUGUUAAAAAAAGCAGGCAGCUGUAUAACUUAAAUCCAGUGAUGGUUGGCAGCCUCCAAAGCCAACAAAGAGCAGCACUUUUCCUUGCAAGACGUGUCCUCCUGUGACCUUUCUGAUGCAGUCAGUAGCUUCCACCUUGUCGAACCUCCAUGGCAUCAGAUUCUACCUUCUUUUUGUGUUGCUUUUUUUUUUUUGCCCUUAGAUGAUGUCAAGAACAUCGCAGGGCACAAAGCCUCGCUUCUUUCCGCUCUCCACCAUGAUGAAGCCGUUGUUGUCACCCACGCUGCUCACACAAAUCUGGCAAGAGAGGACAGAUGAGGAAUAAGAAUUGAUGGGGUUGUGAAUAGAAUUUGGAAAGUUAGAAUGGACACCACAUAUCUCACUGUAAAGCAGCAGACCCCUUUGAUUACGAACAGCCGGUCAGUGAGAAAAGGCAAUGAUAAUAAUGAAAAAGUUCAAUACAGUGGAAGAAAAUUAUAUUAUUCUAACAGGAAGUACACUAGUAUGUUUUUGUUUGCAUGCUCAAAACCUUUUUACUAAAUAUGUUCAUGCGCCUAAUUUUAAUAAAAAUGGACCCUUUAUACACCCGCUGGUCAGAACAAAGUGAUUUUUAUCAGAUUUGUGUGACUGACCGGCAUAUAAAAACUACAAGUGAUCCCAAAAUGAUUCAUACACUGGCCGCAUUUUGAGUUACAGUGAAGUUUUAUUUGUUGAAUGGCUGGAAUAAGUUGUGUUAAGAAGAUAUUAAUGAAGCAUCUUUACAGUUUUCAUUGCUUUUCACAUUGUGAAAAUGCCUCCUGUGCCUACAAUACAAACAAU